CCCACCUUUUUCUUCCGCUAUAAAGUCUCCCGGAAUUCCUCAGGGUUUCCUUCAUCUCCAUCAUCCAAGAUCUCUCUCUCUCUCUCUCUCUCUAGCUCAUGCCAAAGUAAGCAGAACACCGCUAUUUCUUGUUGUGUGUAGUGAAGGAAGAAGGAGAAUGUGCACGGCUAACAAGAAACUGGGGAGGAUACGGCAGAUCGUGCAGCUGAAGCAGGUGAUGCGCCGGUGGCGGGCCAUCAGCUUUGGCCGGUGGUCGUGGGGAAGGACCGGCGUCCGGGCAGGGUCCGUGGCGGUGUAUGUCGGACCGGAGCGGCGGCGGUUCGUGGUGCCGGCCCGGUUCUUGAACCUGCCGGUCUUCGCAGCGCUGCUGGAUAGGGCGGAGGAGGAGUACGGGUUCCAGCCGGCUGGCGGCCUGGCCAUCCCCUGCGACCCGGUCUUCUUUCGCUGGGUGUUGGACGCGCUCGGCCGGGACCAGGCCCGGUUCGGGUCGCUCGGCCUCGACGCCCUCCUUGCCCUCUUCGCCCGCCACGGCGACGCCUCCGCCGCCUGCAGAGAAGCCGCCUCCUACAAUGCCUUCUCUCCGUUGCUCCCCAAGACUAGAGCUUGAGUCUUGCUUUCGGUCUUCUUUUCCUUGUACAGGGGAAAUGUUAUGAGAGGAAAGAAAAAGGAAGGGACGAGUGUAGAUCCAUCCAUGAGAUCCUAAACAUCGGGGUUGAAUUGAGAUGUGAGCGUUUAAGUAAACCUCCUCCUCUUCCUCUUGUCUCUUCACUUCUAAUUUUUAGGGUUCUGAGGGUUUUCGAGGUUUCAGAUGAUGAUGUUGACGAUGAAGCAUGAUGUCAGUUGAAUUCAAGGAAAAAAACACUUGAAUUUUUGACUGCUGAUUUAUGCUCUCUCAAGUGUUUGAGUGGCCACCUUCUUCCCGACGGUCAAUGCUAUGAAGAUUGUGUUUGAAUGGUUACCUUCUUCUUGCUGUGUAAUUUUAGGAACACAAGAUUUGCUUUCUUCUUCUGUUACUGUUCAUUUCUCAUCACAAGUUGCACAUCAAAUAUGUCUUACAUAAUUGUGGAAGAUGUCAACAACAUUUGGUGCAUAAUCUGAUUGCAAAUAAUUGUGUUUCUU